AUGCCGGACCAAGUCCCUGUUGUUCCUGCGGAUGGGGCUGUUGCAGCGGCUGUUGACCCUCCAGUUGUCGCGCCUCCGGCUCCAGCCGACGCUGCCGGUGACAACAACGCACAGAACGCUAACGACAACGUGGUUCCUGCGCCCCAACCUGCGGCUCCGGAGGUUAGUGUUUUCUCUUGUCCUUGUAUUCGUUUUCCUUCGCGCGUUUUUCGGGCUAGGCGUUGUUGGUCUUUUAGCUUGGUUCUCGCUUCUGUGGUAUUAGUUUUAGUUUUCGCGUUUGUACUAGUUUAGUUUUCGCAUCUGUGUACAAGUUUACAGUUUUCGCGUCUGUUACUAUUUUAUUUUUACGUCUGUGUUACAACUUUAGUUUUGGCGCCUGUGUACAAAUUUAGUUUUCGCGUCUGUGUACAACUUUAGUUUUCCGUCUGUGUGACAACUUAAGUUUUUCGUGUGUGUGGCAAGUCUGUGUGACAUAUUUAAUGUUCGCGUCGUUGUGACAAAUUUAGUUUCCGCGUCUAUGUGACAAAUUUAGCUUUCGCGUCUGUGCGACAAAUUUAGUUUUCGCGUCUGUGUGACAAGUUUAGUUUUCCGUCUGUGUGACAAGUCUGUGUGACAAAUUUAGUUUACGCGUCUGUGUGACAAGUUUAGUUUUCCGUCUGUGUUACAAGUUUGGGUUUCGCGUCUGUGUGACAGCCUUAGUUUCGCAUCUGUGUGACGGCCUUGGUUUUCGCGUCUCUGUUACAAGUGUAAUCUUCGAGUUUCCGUUACGAGUUUAGUUUUUGCGUCUGUGUGACAAGGUUGGUCUUCCCGUCUAUGUGACAAGAUUUUUCACCUGCGUGUGGAGUUUUCACUAUUUUCUCAUUUUUUCUUUAUCCCUUCGUAGCGUUAUGAGAACCUUCGCCAAACAGUUGAGUCUUUGCAAUCGGCACUUAAUGUUUCCAAAGUAAAUCAGUCCUUGGAAUCAGUUAGACUCCUCGCCUCUCGUCCUGCCGCGCUUCUCGAUCCUUUCUCCCUCCUUGCGGCCUUGGAGCAACUGUCAGACCACGCUAGGGAGGCAAACCACCCUCAACGCAAGAAGUUUGAUGCUAUUUUCAAACAGUGUCGCGCCCUUGCAAACUCCAACUCACUUGCUGAAGUGGUACUGCAACUCCUCGGGGAUAAGGAGAAAAGAGAUGUGGCUUCCCAGAUCCGAAAGAUUUUUAAAGGUCACUCCUCUGCUAGAAGUUCAGCUCCAGGACAGGCCUUUGUUUUGGGGGGAGACAAUUCCGUCGUCCCGCGUCCGGGCUCCUAUCUUGGAGGUUCAUGUGGUCGCGGCGGACGUUUCAGGCCACAGUACUACCGGCCGGGAACCUUUCCUCGACGCUGUUUUAAUUGCAGA